AUGAAUACUCUAAAUGAUUAUGAAAUUAUAGAGAAAAUAGGAUCUGGUUCUUAUGGAGAUGUGAUGUUAGCAAAAUGCAAAGCAAAUGGAUAAUUAGUAGCAAUAAAAGCGAUGGAGAAAAGAUUGCUGAUUAAGGUUCAUAAUGUAAUAAUUGACUAGGAAAAAAAACAAUAUCAAGUGUUUAUUGAGAAAGAGGUUUUGUCAAGGGUUCAGCAUCCUGGUUUGAUAAAUAUGAUUGCUAGUUUCCAAAGUUCAGCAUAAAUUUAUUUAGUGUUAGAGUUUAUGGAAGGAGGAGAUUUUGCUAAUUUCCUAAAAAUAAAUAGUAAUGGCAAAUAGUGAUUUUAGGAAACAUGUCUUAUAACUCUAUAGUAUUUUACACUGCAGAAAUAGUAACAAUAUUAGAAUAAUUACAUUCUAAUGGGAUUGCGCA